UUAGAAGUGACCACCACAUUAAAUGUUGUGAACACCGUUGCAUUGUGGGACCGAUGAUUGACGCGGCGGCCAUUUUCCCGCUGGACGCUGCUUCCCAUUGUGGAUACGAAGAAGAAAAUAGAGAGAAGCGAAAACAUUUCUCACGACUUCUGCUCACUUUUCCCCUAGGUGAACUUUAGAAGCCAUGGCUCGUACCAAGCAGACCGCCCGUAAGUCCACUGGAGGCAAAGCCCCACGUAAGCAGCUGGCCACGAAGGCUGCUCGUAAGAGCGCCCCAUCCACUGGUGGAGUGAAGAAGCCCCAUCGUUACAGGCCCGGUACUGUGGCUCUGCGUGAGAUCCGUCGUUACCAGAAAUCCACUGAGCUGCUGAUCCGCAAGCUGCCCUUCCAGCGCCUGGUGAGAGAAAUCGCCCAGGACUUCAAGACUGAUCUACGUUUCCAGAGUGCAGCCAUCGGAGCUCUGCAGGAGGCCAGCGAGGCCUACCUGGUGGGUCUGUUUGAGGACACCAACCUGUGCGCCAUCCAUGCCAAGCGUGUCACCAUCAUGCCCAAAGACAUCCAGCUGGCACGUCGUAUCCGCGGGGAGCGCGCUUAAAACGCCCUCUCCUCCUCCUCUUCCUCUUUGUCUUUAAUCUUUUCACCUCCUCUUGCCCCCACCCACCCACCCAUCUCUCCGUCCCUCACCUCCCCUCCCUCUCUCCCUGUGUUAGUAGUGUGUAGAGGAAAACUGAUUAUAUUAUGAAUAAAUAAAGUGUAUAGUCGUGUUUUUCUUAGUGCUCUCGGCAGCAGACUUCUAGGGUACUCUCUUUUUGUGCAUGUACCAACUCUUUGGUGAUGAGAUCUCCUCAAGCACACGUCUCCUGGUUUGCACUGUUUCUGCUCUGAUGGGGUGAAGGAUGAUCUGUGGAGGGUUUAAAAAAACAAAAGAUGGUCUAGAACAAUGCAAAUCUGGAAGGGACAGACAGGAGGAGAGGAUGGGUGUUGUCUGCUGGGGGACUCUGGUCUCUCUUUCUGCAGCAAGGUGCUAGAAGAACUCGCCCGGUCCUCUUCUCCUGCUUCCCUGCAUGUGUCUGCCUGAGCGCCGGUUCUGAUCACCACAGCAAAAUUGUAUACAAUCCAUCUGCAUCUUUAGAGAAGUUGAUUUCAGAUUUAUUCCAUAUUAAUCAUCGCUCUCAUCUUGUUAGUUUUUUUUUUUUUUCCUUACAAAUAAGUCUCAUGCACGGGAUUUUUUUCCUCUUCGAAUUGUUUGUGGAUGACAUGGAGAUGGGGGGAUGAAUCAGAUUAAAACACUUGAUAGAGAAUGGAAACAAAAUUAUUUUUUUCUACUGAAAUGUGACGCUACUGACUCGUUUUGGCACCAAAGUUUUGAUCCUCUUGUAGGCGCUCUUUUCCUAACCGACUGACAGGCGUUUAACCUCACCUGUUUGUUGUUGUUCUGUUGUGGUGUUCAAAUUGGUUUCAUCUAAUAAUAAUUUAAAGCCAAAGUUUGGUGAGAGCUCAGUGAUGGUGUCAGAGGUAACUUUUAUAGCAGUGGCUCAUUUUUUUAAAUAAAAGACCUUUUUAUGACAAAGGUUCAUAGAGGUUUGUAAAGUUCUUUAAAAAAAACCAAAAGUUCUCAAAGUGUUAAAAUGAUUUUUUAAAAACAAAGUAACAGAUUAAAAUGUAUUGUAAAUCAGUGUUACAUGACAAAUAACAAUGGUAACGUUUUCUGUAUACGUCCCCCCUGUGCUUCUAUUCUUUUUUCUCCUCCGGAUCAGUUGAUCAUCUGUAUACCGUUUCUCAGGUUGACUUGUCACCCUUUUAACUUAAUUUUUAUUUUUUGCUCAAUUUGAUUUUAUUUUCUUUUUUUGAAAUGUUGAGGAUGAUGUUUCAAUUAAACAAUGUUUGUAAUUUCCAGAUUUGUCAUAUAAGGUGGUAAUAAAUGGAUGUUACACACACA